AUGGAGAAGUCUCGCACCUUCCUCAUCGACGCGCUGCUGGCGCAGGAUCCGGCCCGGCCGGCGCGGAGCCCCCCGCCGGCCCCGGCCGCGCUGCUGCCCCUGGCCCUGCCCGGCCUCUACCCGGCGCUGCCCGCCCCGGCCGCCGCCUUCGCCUGCGGGGCGCUCCCGCCGCUGCCCCCGCCCGGCCCCGAGCACCUGAAGGCGGCGGCGAUCGGGCCCUUCCCGCUGGAGCCCUGGAUCCGCGCCGGCCUCGUGGGGCCGCCCCGGCUCUCGCACUUCCACGCCGUGCCGCAGCCCGGGCUGCUGGGGAAGUGCCGCCGGCCGCGCACCGCCUUCACCAGCCAGCAGCUCCUGGAGCUGGAAAACCAGUUCAAGCUCAACAAGUACCUGUCGCGGCCCAAGCGCUUCGAGGUGGCCACGGCACUCAUGCUCACCGAGACACAGGUGAAGAUCUGGUUCCAGAACCGGCGCAUGAAGUGGAAGCGGAGCCGCAAGGCCAAGGAGCCGGGGGCGCCGGGCGAGGGCGAGCGGCAGGGUGGGGGGGCCCGGCCUGGCCCCAAGCUGCUGCCCGGGGACCCGCGCGCGCCCGGCGGGGACGGCCCCGGGUCUCUGCCCCCACGCAGCUGCGGCCCCGGCUCCUCGGGGGAGGACGAGGACGAGGAUGUGCCCAGCCCCCCGCACGGCCAGAGCUGA